GACUUCUGCUCCUGGUUUGUUCGCGACGACGUCAGAUAUCCUUUACAACGUGUGUAGUUGGUGACCAGUAACACUGGGAACGCGGCUGAUGCUAGUCACGUCACACACCGCCAACAUGUUGAACCGAAUCAAAUAACAGGAAACUCACGGAAGUGGCAUUACCGCGCUUGGCCGGGGAAUACUGGAAAUGGUGUCUGGUCCUGAGUCCGUCCAUGCUGGUGCUUUCAUGAUGUUAGAGCGGAGCAGGGUGAUGGUGGUAGCCGAUAUUUUCUUCAAUUGGAGACACUCGUCUAACGAGGCCGGCGUCCACUGUCUCUGCUCCAGAGCCUUCGUACAGGAUCGAGACCUGUAUCGCUCCGAUAACAGACUGUGCUUUGACCCGACUGACGCUGUUGCUCAAGACGACGACCAGGAUGCGGAUAAGGCUGAGGAGGAGGCGUUAGACGAGGAGAUGCAGCUGAUGGCCAGCAUGGGUCUGCCUCUGGCCUUUGCCAGCUCCUCUGCACGCGUUCACAGAAAGCCCAACACAUGCUGGGCAGAAGCAGCUGAAGAGGAGGAAGAUGAGCAGCAUUUACAGACUGUCAUUGAAGCAGAUGAGAAGGAACCACGUGACUCCCUGGAAGAGGUCACAGGAGGGUUUCAAGAUGCUGGCUGGGAGACUUACUGGGCUCAACAGGGUGAAGGUCUGUUAUGGAGCAGCUGGCUGGAGAAACACCCAGAGCCUGAGCCAGAUGUUCCAAAAGCAGCGACUGCUCCUUGGGAUGACCCGCACAUGAAGGCAGACUGGGACAAGCACGCUGCAGACACAUACUACUCCUACUGGCAGCAGUAUUCAUACUGGGCUUCACAGGGCUGGACCACCGACCAGUGCGCCUCUCCGUCUGGUGGAGAAGGAGCAGCAGAGGACAGAGACACAGCGACACACACACAGAAUGUGGAGGAUGGACAGAGUGGAGCUGAGGAUCUACUCAGAGCAGGAGACCUGGACGCUGGUCAUCUUGAUGCCGGUGUCUUGUGUAACGAGUUUGAGCUGAGCUGCACCUUAGAAGCACACGAGGACUCACAGAAGCAAACGCAGGCUCAGGGAGAGCUGUGUGGAUCUGAUGACCCUUCUGAUGGAGGAAACAUGCGCAAGAGACCCGCCUCCACCUCACAGCAGAACACAGCGCAGCAAGCAGAUUCUCACCAGGCUGCUGGCAGCCCAGUCAGGCAGUACACUUCUCAGAAUAAACUGUCAAAUAGAAAAGGUGAUGAUGAUGAUGAAGAUGACAAGCCCCCAGCGGGAGGACACGCUAAAGUCAAACGAAGUCAUGAGCUGGAUGUGGAGGAGAGCCCACAUUUGAAUCCUGAGGAAGCCUGGACUAAACUGGGACUAAAACACAACCCAGAUACUCAGUUUGACGCUGUGUUGAGCUUUAAAAACAGCGCCGCUCAGAAGCAUCAGAGGCAGUGCUGGAUGAAGAAAGCAGGCAUCAACAAACACAUCAGGUUCUCAGAGACAGGAGCCCCACAGGCUUCGAUCAGCAGCACGCUCCCAAAGGUCCAAAACUUUCUUAAAAAAAUCCAGAGGGAGGCACAGAUCACUCAACCAGAUGAGGGUGAGGGAGGAAGAGGAAGUGAACUGGAAACCGAGGACAGUACUCUAUUCUUGAGAAAAGAGGAGAAGAUGGAGAUGAAAUGUGCUGACGAAGGAAAGAAAGAUGUCGUGGAAGACGCUCGGUCUAGUUCCCUGUCCAGCUCACAUGCAGAGAGGAGCGACACCUCCCCCAGCGGUGCUGCUGAGACGGUGGACAGUGAGGAGAAAUGGGAGGAGGACCCUGGCAGACUGUUUGACGCCCCUGAGGGCAGUAGUGACCUGGGAGUAAAAGAUAGCAAGAAGCCAAAGAAGAAGAAGAAGCAACGUGCGAGGAAGCAGCAGCUCCCAGUGGAGAUGGCAGCGGAACCAGAGCUGGCCAAAUACUGGGCCCAGCGCUACAGGCUCUUCUCUCGCUUCGAUGAAGGAAUCAGGCUGGACAGAGAGGGCUGGUUCUCGGUGACACCAGAGAGGAUCGCUGAACACAUCGCCCACAGGGUGGAGCGCAGCUUCGCAGACUCUCAGCUAGUCAUAGAUGCCUUCUGUGGUGUGGGUGGAAACGCCAUCCAGUUCGCCCUUACUGGAAAACGAGUCCUGGCUGUUGAUAUUGACCCUGUGCGCUUGGACUUGGCGCGGCACAACGCCGCGGUUUACGGCGUAGCUGAGCGAAUCGACUUCCUGCAGGGAGACUUCCUCCAGCUGGCUUCUCGUCUGCGUGGCGACGUGGUCUUCCUGUCGCCGCCGUGGGGAGGACCCGAUUACCUGACGGCCGAGGUGUUUGACAUCAAAACCAUGAUGGACCCUGAUGGAUAUGAGAUUUUUCGUCUGGCUAAACUGAUAUCGGACAACAUCGUGUACUUCCUGCCUCGCAAUGCUGACAUGGAUCAGAUAGCCUCUCUGGCUGGUCCAGGAGGGAAGGUGGAGGUGGAACAGAAUUUCCUCAACAACAAGCUGAAGACCAUGACUGCUUACUUUGGCAGCCUCAUAAAGUCAGACAGUUAGCAGCGCUGCCAACAUUCUGGACUUACUGUAUACGUCAUCCUACAUUUCUAACCCAAGAAAAUUUGUUUGUGCACAGCAACUUUUACUUAAGUCUACAUUUGUCAAUGCUUCAAAUUUAGUAACCAGAUCUGGAGUUUUACAGCAAAGUUUUAAAACAAGAUUGUAUAUUUUAUCAUUUUCUUUUAGCACACAAACUUAAUAAAUGUUUCUGUUUUUAUGUCUCCUGUACUGAAAGUUAAUUUAAAGGCAUUUCAUCAUA